AUGGGGGACGACGAGAGCACAAAGCCGCUGGAGUAUCGCAACGCACACCGCUUGCCCGUGUACACCGUCGUUUCUUCAUCGGCAACCACCAGCAUGCCCAUCAACCUCCAAAUGCUUCGCAGCGGCUUUCAAUUUGAGCCUGAUGUGAGCCGGUUGGGUACGGGAGAGGUGCAGCGACGGCCACGAACAACAUCGGAACGGCUGCGUGACUUUCAUGAGAUGACGCUGCAGGCCGUGGCACAGGCCUCCUCCCGCCCUCGCGCAAACUCAACGCACACAUGCGCAGCUCCCUCCGCCGUGCAGCAAAAACAACUGCAGCAGAAGCAGGAGGAACAGCAUCGCCACCAUCAGCAGCGGCAUUAUCACCACCACCAGGAGCAGAAGGAGCAGCAGCAGCAGCAGCAGCAGCAGCGCUUCUUUGCAUCAAACGGCAGCGCCGACAUGGCCGCCAGCCGGCCAGUGCCAACAGCCACAGCGGCAAUGCAUGCGCUCAACCUGCGCAGCACUGUCUCCUGCUCCACCCCUUUCCCCUCCUCGUCGUCGUCGGCACUCACCGCCACCACCGCUGCUGCCACCAGCACCUCCGGUAUCGGGCGUGUACCUAAGACGAGCAGCACCCUGGAAGGCAGCGUGCUUGUGCGCGACCCGGCUGGCCUGCACCUGCCCCCGACCAUUGUGAACCACGCGUUCCUGCGCUCGGGUGCGCAGUUUACGGAACCGCAGCUCGAGGUGGCGCGCAACAGCAGCAUCCUCGGCGUCAGCAACGACAAUGCUGCCGCCGGCGACCAGAACGAGAUGCACCUGCACCGCUCCCGCAACAGGCGCCUGGAAGAGUUUUAUGAGCGGAUGCAACAGCAGCACGCCAAGCCCGCCUGA